AGUCAUGAGUCCUAAAGCGGGAAUUCUUUUUUCAUGAUUGAGAAUGUUUGACUAUAGCUGACUAUAGCAAUUUAAAUUCCAAAUCCACGUGACAGCCUUUUAAAUUCUUAUGUUUGUAUUUUAACCACAAAUUGUCAUGAAAUAGAUCUUAAUUUUAUCCUGAGUUCUCUAACUUCUAUAUCUCUUGUAUUGUGGAGUGUUUGUUGUCCUAAUUUUCGCUUAUCUUGAUUAUUAGUUACUGCAAGUCAUCACUUUUUGCAACCCAUUUAAAUUUUUUAUACAAAUUGUAUAGAAAAGAUUUAACACCACUUGAAGCAUAUAAUAAUGACGGAAUCAUUGGAUCAUCUGUUGAAGCGCCAAUCAUGGAGUGGAAUGAAUUUGCAAUAUUUUGUCGAUCGAGCAAAAGAUUGGGCUUUGACUCAUGGAAUUGGGAUGCGGUCGAAAGAAUUUUUCAACAAAGAUGCUGUGCAAAUUGCACCGUUUAUAUUACUUCCAUCAGAUUAUCCUAGAUCGGAGUUCCAAAAAGCAGUAGAAAUUCAAACAGUAUUAGGUGCACUAAUGCACAAAGUAGCGCAUGAUUAUGAUUUCUUGAAGGAAUCAUUGAAAAGCACAAUCAAGAGUGAUGAAUUUACAAAAAAACUGUUUGAUAUAUAUGAGACGGUGUAUAAAGAAGGUUUUACUCAGGAUAUCAGUGUUGGGUUGUUGCGUUCGGAUUACAUGUUACACAAUGACGAUGAGCAUCCCGUUAUUAAACAAGUUGAACUUAAUACAAUUGCAACAAGCUUUGCUGGUUUAGCUACUGCCGUUACAGAUUACCACAGACAUAUUUUAAUGGAAAUGGGUCUUAAUAGUAGAAUAAAAAAUAUACCAGAUAACAAUGCUGUUAGUGGCAUGGCUAGCGGUCUUGUGGAAGCUUGGAAGCUAUACGGUCAACAAAGUGCUCUAAUGCUCUUCGUCGUAGAAAAUGUCACAUACAAUAUAUGUGAUCAAAGAUUUCUCGAAUAUGAAGUUCAUCGACAGAAUCCACAGAUCAGUGUUGUCAGGAAAUCUCUUACAGAACUUGCAGCCGAAGCUCGUCUUGGGGAAAAGAAAGAAUUGAUUGUGGGAGAUGUUACGAUAUCAGUGGUAUAUUUCCGUUCUGGUUACGACCCCAGUUUCUAUCCUACAGAGAAGGAAUGGUCUGCAAGGUUUCUUAUAGAACGGUCUCGUGCCAUUAAAUGUCCAUCAAUUCAGUACCAUUUGGCUGGUUGUAAGCGAAUACAGCAAGUAUUGUCCGAGGAUAAUAUUUUAUUGAAGUAUCUACAGGAUCCAGAUUUGGUGAGAAGAGCUAAAAAUGUCUUCGCUGGGCUCUAUUCUUUGGAUUUUAAUGAGGAAGGAGAGAAAGCAAUUGCUGCGGCGUUAAAAAAUCCGGAAAAGUUUGUACUGAAGCCACAACGAGAAGGAGGUGGUAACAACUUGUACGACGACGAACUUCGAGUUAAAUUGGAAUCUAUGAAGCUCUCCGAAGAGCGUUGUGGCUGGAUUUUGAUGGACCGUUUUUACCCUCCGUCGUUUAACAAUUGUUUGAUACGAGCUGGUCAUUCAGAAGAACCGAAGUUUGAGAAAUGUGUAACUGAACUUGGAAUAUAUGGAGUCGUAAUUGGGAACAAGGAUGAGAUAAAAGUCAAUAAUCAAGUAGGGCAUGUGUUAAGAACCAAAUCGGUGACGGCAAACGAAGGUGGAAUUGUCAUGGGGACGGGGGCAUUGGAUAGUCCACAUCUUGUAGACUAACUUGCACACGUACAUUCCUUUAACAUCUGAUAAUUUCAAGUGUUGGAACAUUUGAUAAGAGUUUUCCCCUUUGGGUGUUUCAGAUGUACUUUCAGGAAUUUUUUGUCACAUAACAUUGAAGCCUUAAGGUGGUACACUGGGAGACAUCAAUGCCCUCCCAUCUUGCACAGGCGAUGCCGUACCUGCAGGGGAGGCAUUCAUGUUCGCCAUUGUACAAACUGUGUUAUAGAACCGCUGUUUUACCACCUGGACCACGAUUGUGAUCGUUCUAAUGAUCCGAAGAACGAAAAACAGGUAUCUUGAUAACAGGGAGACGAGUCUUUAUCAUUUGGACUACAAUCGUAUUAAGAAAAAAAAAGAAUUAAAAUGGUGGCAUAAUUUAAGAAGCUUUGGAAAUUUUCUUUUUAAGCCUUAUCACACUGAACACCAAACCUAACAGUUACGUAACUUAAAACUAAUAAAUAACAUAAUGUUUGUUACAAUGUAAUAACCUAACAGUUACGUAACAUGGAGCUAAGAGGUUGCAUAACAUUUGUUACUAUCAUAUCUAUAUAAAUAUAGCAUAACUUUCUUACUCUUAUCUUAGAUUAUGUUACUGUCUUGAUAUUACCGUGGAUAUGCAGCACAUAUUUGUAACAAAACAGAACUACAUUGUGCUGUCAUCUGUUUUAUUACAUCUUCGUCGUCAUGGU